AUGGAAGAGAAGCAGGGCGGAGUUGAUGUGUCUUCUUUCAUGCUCUGGGAGGCCACAGGAGAUUCAGAGCUGAAUAUGGCCGCCAUGGAUUACUUAGCAGAUGAUGAUGAUGAUGAUGAGGAUGCUCAUUCAUGCAGCAGCUGUGACUACUCGUACUCUGGUGGAAGUUUUCAUGCAGAUGACCAUGGAGAUUACGAUGAUGAUGAUGAUGGUGAUAAGGGUGAAGUUGUUGAUCAAGAUUGGACUGAAGAAGAAGAAGAAGAAGAAGAAGAAGUGAGCAGCACUGCUAGGCAACAGAAGAAAGCCAGCAUGGAUUCAACCAUGGACAUGCACUUGAUGGAUGAGAUGGAAAGGAGCAAGCUUUUCUGGGAAGCAUGCCUUGCUUCUUGA